UUAUUCCUUGUUCCUCUCCUUACAUCUUAAAAAUAAAAACCCUUACCCACCUACUUUGAGUGUUGGCAACCAUCUUAGGGUUGUCUUACAUCUAGGGAGCUCCAGGAAAGGAUAACCCCAGUAAGGACAUGCUAAGGGUUGGGAGUUUUUCCUCUUUUAGGAAAUUUGUCUCCUCCAAUGAGCAUUUGGGAUUGUAUGUGGAUGGUUUUGAGAAGGAGGUUGCCUCCCUAUUGAGGAAGUUAGAAGCCAUAAAGGGUCGUACAAGGGGGGCCUCAGGUAGUAAAAGGAGGCCUUUUUCUACAUCUCGUUUUGAUAGGGAUCUUCGGAGUUAAAGAGCUCAGUUAAUUACAUUCAAUCAAGCGGAAAAGAGGAGUUGGAAGAGUGGAUGGAAAGUGGUUUUUGAGCGUUCAGGCUAGAGUUGUGAAGAGUGGUUUGAAGGUUGGGUCAGGACUAGGCUAUGUUUAUUUAGAUGUUAACAGCUUUGGUUUGGCUGCAAGUUGGUUGCCCUCUGUUUUUCUAGAACUUUUGCAUGUGGUUUGUUUCUCUUUUUCCCAUGCUUUCCUUUUAGUGGGUUUUGUAUACUCCAUGUGUACUUGGUGCGCCUUUUCCAAGCACUUUUUAAUAUAUUUUGCUUUUUAUCUAUAAAAAAGAAAAUCAUUGACCUUCAUUGAAGAAUAUAAUUUAGUAUUGAACUUCAAUGAUCGCCUACUACUUAAUAGAGUAAAUUCAAUUUUUUUUUAUAUUUAAUACCCUUAGACCCAAUUUGGACCAUGAAUUCGGAGGUUGAAAUUGGAAUUGGAAGGUAUGUUUUCAAUUCUUUAUUUUAGGGGCCCACCUGAAUCACAUUGCCAUUGCAUAUGCUAAUUUUGCUGAAUUGUGUAGUUAAAAUGCACCUCUUAUAAAUCUUCUGGUGGCUUGGUUGAUUCUAUGCAAUUCCAAUCAGAAGACAACCUCCAACCAUAACUCUCUCUCUCCUUUUCAACUAAUCUACCCUUCUUUUCAGCUCUCAAAACCUAGUUUCAAACUUUUAAAUUUAUUAUCAUUCAUAUCUCUCUUCAUUUGUGAUAAGAGUUUGAUUGUCACUCUCAGAUUAAACUCUCUAUAUCCUAUAUACCUUGAUGCAUCAUUUCUGUUAGGCAUUGUUGGUAUUAUUAUUAUUAUUAUUAUUUAUUUAUUUUUUCCUUAUAUUCAAAAAAUUAAUAGAAAAGUGAAAUUAGAAGGGAAACUAUCUUCAAUAAAAAGGGAAUUAGAUGGGACAUCUAGUAACCCCUUCUUUUGACUUUGUGGUGGGUGAUGGAAAGAAGGUGAGGUUUUGGAAAGACAAGUGGUGUGGAACCACCCCUUUGUGCGAGGCUUUCCCUUAUUUUCUCUAGCAACUUCCAAAGAGGCUUGGGUAAAUGAAGUUUGGACAGCCGCGGGGGAAAGGGGGGGAAGUUGGAGUCCUUGUUUCAAUAGACCUUUCAAUGAUUGGGAGUUGGAAGAAGUGGAAAGGUUGUUUUGUUGCUUAGAUGGGAAGAAGGUUAGUGUGGAUGAGGAGGAUAGGGUGAGGUGGAUGGAUUCAAAUGAUGGGGUUUUUUUCGGUAAAAUCUUUGUAUAGGGCUUUGCAGCCGGUUUCUCUUGCUUCUUUCCCUUCGAAGAUUAUUUGGAACUCUUCUGUGCAGCCCAAAUUAAGUUUCUUUGCUUGGGAGGCUUCAUGGGGAAGAGUUCUGACCUUGGACCGUUUCCAAAAGAGAGGUUGGGCUUUGGCUAAUAGAUGCUUUCUGUGCCAAAUAUGUGAGGAGUCGAUUGAUCACCUCCUCUUUCAUUGUGAAAAAAUAAGGGAAGUGUGGAUGUUGCUCCUUUCUUUAUUUGGAGUAUCUUGGGUGUUUCUUUUUUCAGUAAAGGAAACCCUUUUAGGGUGGAGGGACUCUUUUGUGGGUAAGAAGAGGAAGGUGGUGUGGCAAGUGGGACCGUUAUGCUUGUUUUGGGUCAUUUGGAAGGCAAGGAAUAGAAUUGCUUUUGAAGAUAGCGUGUUGUCCAUCCAAAGGCUAAAAGCUUCUUUUGUAUAUUUACUUUGGUUGGAAACCAAAUUGUGGAUAAAAGAUGGUCCUUCGACCUUAAUAGAUUUUGUAGAUUGGGUGGGUUCGCGAUGAGGGAGAAGGUUUUUUGUUUUUUCUUUAUUGUUUUGGGACCUUUUGUAAGGGGGUGGGUGUCUCUAUACUGUAAUUCUGUGGGUCGCUAUUUUAGCACCUCUUUGCAGUACAAUUAUUUUGCGUAUUGAUAAAAAAAAAUAAAAAGGGAAUUAGAAGGAUUAGAAUUUCUUUUAUAUGUAUAUAGGCAAAUUAGGACAAAUUUAUUAGAAUAAGCACCUAACACAAAGGGGGGUGCAACCCAUGUACACGAACAAUUUUUUUUUUUUAUAAGUAAAUAAGCAAAUAUAUUAAAAGCGCAAAGAACAACACACCAAGUAUACACAAAGUUUACAAAGAGCACCAAAAAGUAGGUGAAAGGAUUACACAACAAACCACUACCCAAGCCAUACAAUGCUAACAAGGAACAUAGGCCUGCCUCCCCAAGCCACACCCUGGCUCACAAACCCUGAAACCUAAGUAAAAACAAGGGAACCAACAACUAUGAAGACUUGACACAAGAAGAAGGAACCCUCUCCACCUCCUGUCCUCACACCUUAACCCUAGCCUAGCCUGGACACUUUGAAACCAAACCCAACACUUCAUGCUUCUCCCCUUGCCGCUUGAAAUAUUAUAACUAACAGGGCAAUCCAACUUUUGUAGUUACCUUUCAAAAUGAGAAGUAGGGGAAGGCUUCUAAAACUUGAUCCCUCCACUCUGCGACCCUUUCGAGCUUCCAAUUUUCUCAAUAGGGAGUCAACUUCCUUUUCAAACCUUUCCACAUGCAGACCUAAGUACUUGUUGAAGGAGAUGAACUUCUUGAAAGCCAAAUCGGCGCAAUUCCUGUCGGACUCCACUUCCUUCCCCUUCAUCAAGUUUGUCUAUAGGCAGCCCUUUCUUGGGUCAAUCUCAUCAUCGCACGAGACUGGGUCCACAUUCUUAUCAAUGGAAGAAAGAAUCGCUAGUAAAUCCUUUCUGAGAGAUAGAAAUGCAGGCCCACAACCCUCAGCAUCACUCUCUCCUGGAGACCCCUCAAUCUGCUUCCUAUGAGGGUUAGGGCUAUUUACCCUCGCCAACAAAACACCCUUGUCCUUGAGAGAAGAAGAAGAAAUCCGAAGACAAAGCCAAACCAGCAAAGCCAUUCAGUUCAACCAAAAGGGCAACAUCAGCUAAAGGCGACCCAGAUGCAACACUGAGAGUCAUCAACAUGAUGCAGGGAUCAGGCGGAACCAUGCCAUUACCAGACAGCACGAAGGCCUUUUUAAACAACUGCUAGCUCCAGUAGAUGGGCCCCCCUCAGAAAAGGCCUGUCCCAAAACCUGGAAGCCCAGGGUCCACAGCGGGCUGGCCCAAAGAACAAGGGGCCAAAGCAGCUUGAGGCCGACUAGAUCCAACCAGCUUAACAUCUCCCUCUUCCAGGCCUGAAGAAAAACGCUGGCUUGAAACACUGUCCAAUGACCCAGAAUGGGCCAUAAAGGAGUGCCCAAUGGCCAGCUUCUCACCUGCUCCUCUAGCCUCCAACACACUGCUGCAUAAAGAGGGCUUUGAAACUUUCAAAGCAUGGUCACCACACAAAGUAGUGCCUAUUGACACCGCCUGAGAGAAAACACGGCUCCUAAUGCCAACCCCCACUCUCCUAGCCCUGCAUGGACUAGCCUCACAAUCAUCCCUGACCUUAAGCUCUCUGCAACCCUCUGUUGUGAAAUUUGUCAUCAGCCUUGGAGAAGACUCCCACCAUAACUGAACAGGGUAGGCUAAAGACCCUACUGCCACUUGUAAGAGCCUAGGCACCCUCUUCCCAUUGGAGCAAACCAAGAUUCUGGUCCUCUGAACGUGUCGUCUCUCUACUGUCGGCACAUCCACACCCACCCUCCACAGGCAUCAACCCAUGUACAAAAGCAAUGCAGUCAGCCCACACCUCUUUUGGUACAGAAGAAUAAAGUUUUUAGGAGCAUAUCCUUCACCAUCAAAUAGGAUCUCCCUGUACCAUCAAAUGUUUACUAAUAUGCUCCUUCCAUGUGAUCCAGAACAGACGUAGAGGGAUCAGCUUUCAAAUCAUCUUGCUUUGAUUUUCACAAAGGAGUCAUGCUAGAUGAGGAAACAUUCUUAACUGAGUGACGGAAAAUCCAAGUCAUCGAACAAAGAGAACACAAAGGACCAUGGACCCGAAGUCCAACUACAAUGAAUCUGCUAUCAACAGAUUUAAAAUCUACAUCGCAAAGACAACAUUAACCAUACUCCAACCUCCUCUCAUUAGUUGGUUAAUAGUUAGAAUCUUUUCUCAUGCAGCUUUCUACACAAAAAAGAAAAAACCUACCUUGGAAGGCACAUUGGAGUCAGCAGCUUAGCAGGGAUAAAAAAAAGACCACCAAUGCCAAUCUAACAUGGAUUAAUCAAAGAAUUCCCUCAACCCGAGCGGAUGUGCGAUGUGCCUGGAAACUCGGGAUCGUAAAUGGAUUCGGGUACCAUUCUAAUCACCUCUUUCAUGAUCUUUUCUAUAGGUAGAACCACUGUGAGCGGUCUAAACUUCGACCCUUAUUUCUGUCUUCAUAUUGUAAAGGGGAGCAAAGCCCGUUUUUUGCUCCCUCUAUUGAUAGAUCAAGGGCCCUCCUGCCGUCGUCGUUUCAGUGACUCAUAGGGCUUCCCUCAGCUCAGUCUUUUUGGUUCUUGAGAAUGGUCGCCACCUCUCCCAGGACCGGAAUGAUUAUCCCUGCCCGAUGGGUCUACAUCCAUCCCUGAAUGUCGUCGGGUACUGUUCACUUCCCCGCCAUUCUUGUAACCGUCACCUGUAAUCCGCGCAGGUGUGUCUACUCCCCCUUGAGUGGACGAGAAAGAAAGGAUUUCUCGGAGCAACCCCCCAGGUUCCAAACCCAGGAGUCAACUUUCCCGUAUGAGCAUUCGAUAGGUCGUCUGAGGGUUCGCCGCGGUUCAUUGCUGUGCUUACACACUAGGCUACCCUUCUCCGAAAGCUCCGCGGGACCACCUACCACUAGUCUCCGGCCGGAGGGGUUUAUUGCACAAACGCCGGGACGCAGGCUCCCGAAGAGGGAAGCCCAACGAAUGUCAGAUGCAAGGCCCCGCACCUCAUUAAGAUCAUAUUGGCAUACUCCCCCCCCCCCCCCCCCUCCCCCAAAAAAAAUAGAGCAGACCCCAUUGAAGACGGGAGUGAGGUACAACAAGGUUUUAUUCCACCGCCCUUCUCACGGAGCCGUACGUGGACGUUACCGCUCAUACAGCUCCCAGCCAGCAAGAGUUAGCCUUCCUCUACAAGGAAUGGAAGUGUGGAUGAAUCGACAUCAAAUAGAGGAAUUAGGUUUUUCUUUUCAGCAAUAACAUGAUAAGAGCAUCUCUUUCACAAAAACCUACAGACCCCCCCCCCCCUAUCCUGCCACUUCAGCACCUUGUGAUCUUUGAGAAGAUCAUUACGAACCCUCUCCUAGAAUGUUUUGGUAGAUUCCGAAAAUUCCAUGGUGGAUCAGGACGAGAAUGAAUCCGGGAAUCCAGGACAUUUCUUUUUAAGAACCAAAAAGAUAUGUGCUGGAAGAAGAGAAAUAAGAUAACAAAUGCCAGGUGUAAAUGUACUUUUACUAUUAACACAUAUGGCUCCUUUGAAUUGACCUGGUGGGAGGGAGCAGUUACAGUUUCCUAAGGUUUAAUUCCAAGUUGUGGUUAAACCAAAUUUGCAUCUUCUAUUAAUUGGUUGAGUUGGGACUGAAUAAUAUGUUUUUUCCCCUAUAAUUUAAGGCUAUGCUUUUAUGAAAUUGUCUUUAUAAGAAUGUCACCAUGCUACUAGAUGAUGCUGUUGUUAUAAGUGGUAACCUAAAGCGCAGGAUGCUCUGUUUCAACUAAGUAGAGUGUUGGUAAAUCAUGCAAGCUGGUUGGAUGUGUGGGAUCAUCAUACCUGCUAGCUUAGCUAUGCAGUGGAAGGGAAGGACCCCUUCUUUUUUGUUUUCCAUGUCUAACCCAAAGAAAAUGAGGAAACUCUUGGAUGAUGCGUCCUUAACCUAUUUUGGUUGUAAGAUUGAAAACCUAUUCAAGACUGUUUUUCUUUCACAUUCAAAGUUUCAAUUACUGCAACAUUUCUCUUGUUUUUAACACAUUCUGCUCAAGUAAUUUGUGUAGCUGUUCUUCUUAGGAAUUUACAUGCAUACUCACAUACACAUGUUUUCUUUUUGCAUUCACAUGCAGGGGCAUAUAUUGCUGCUUAAGACUGUUUUCCUUUCACAUUUGAAUCUCCAAUUACUGCAACACAUGUGUUCUUUUUUAAUAUCAUUAUCAUAUCAUUGCCUAAGAAUGGCACGCCCAUAAUAGUUUGUGUGAUUUGGGAAUGGAUUUUGUGAAGAUUAACUUUUUCACUUAUCGAUAAUUUUUAUAAGAUGACAUGAACUAUCUUAGUAUCUCUAACUUAACUUGUAGGAAGUGCCAUCCCAGAACUUGACACCAUUUGCCAUUUCAGAGUAGUCCAUCAUGGGAAUUGGAAAUAAUUUAAGAAAUCCCUUGAUUAUUUGUUCUUGCUCAACAUUACUGGUAUUUGCAGGGUGCAUUAUUAUACUCUGGAAAAAUAUGAUUGUGCUCUUCAUCAAAAUGUGUGCCUUAGUUACUCUUAUUAUCAUAUGUGAUUUAAAAGAUUGAAGAUCUUGGUAUAACAAAUCUCAACUUUCUUAAAGAACCUCAUAUGUAAUCUCUCUUGGUCUUGCCUUUGUAUAGGUAGUUUUUAUUUUCAGCAUGUCCUGAAGAAAAUUCUUCCAUGGUUGCAAAAAGUUCAGCAUUAGUGUACAUUUUGAAUGAUUUUAUUUAUUUUACAAAACCC